AUGGAAUUUGUAAGGUUUCCGAUAGUCUCAAUCCUCGAAGACAUGCUAGAAGUUCCCGAAGAGCACAACGAGAAGAGCCGCAACAAUCCUUCAAGAGCUUACAUGCGGGACGCAAAGGCAAUGGCGGCUACGCCAGCCGACGUGAUCGAGCACGCGAACGCGUACGUUUUCGUGGUGGACAUGCCUGGAAUCAAAGGAGAGGAGAUCAAGGUUCAGGUGGAGGACGAGAACGUGCUUGUGGUGAGUGGAGAGAGGCAGAGAGAGAACAAGGAGAGCGAGGGUGUGAAGUAUGUGAGGAUGGAGAGGAGGAUGGGGAAGUUUAUGAGGAAGUUUCAGUUGCCUGAGAACGCUGAUUUGGAGAAGAUCUCUGCUGUUUGUAACGAUGGUGUGUUGAAGGUGACUGUUCAGAAGCUUCCUCCUCCUGAGCCUAAGAAACCAAAGACUAUCCAAGUCCAAGUUGCUUGA